AUGAUGUAUUCAAGACUUUCAUUUACAGCUUUCGUUGUUUCGGCAACUCUCGCUAAUCCAAUAGUUAAAUGUCCCUUCCCAGAAACACUUGGUCUUGUCGCAGUUGCCAAAGAUGGUGCUAAUGCUGGUUGGGCAAUGAGUCCAGACGAGCCAUGUGUUCCUGGCAAAUAUUGUCCAUAUGCAUGUCCUCCAGGCCAGUUGAUGAAUCAAUGGGACCCACUGGCAACAACAUAUUCGUACCCCAGCUCAAUGAAUGGUGGCUUCUUUUGCAACCCCGAUGGCUCUUUAACCAAACCAUUUACAGACAGAGACCUUUGCAUCGAUGGUGAGGGUACAGUCUCAGUUGUGAAUCAAGCAGACAAAGAAGUAGCUUUUUGCCAAACAGUGCUACCUGGUAAUGAGGCCAUGUUAAUCCCAACAAAAGUCGACGCUGGAAACGAACAGGUCCUUGCUGUUCCUAAUCCAUCAUAUUACGCUGGAACAGGUGCACACUACUAUAUCAAUCCACCGGGUGUUUCUACUGAAGAGGGAUGCGUGUGGGGCACAGCAGAUAAGGAAAUUGGUAAUUGGUCACCAUAUAUUGCGGGAAUGAACAUGGACAAUGAAGCAAAUACAUAUGUUACAAUUGGCGUCAAUCCAAAGCAUAUAGACGAUUUUAACGGUAAGACUCCAAGCUUUGGUGUUAGAAUUGUUUGUGAUAACCCAGAUGAGUGUAAUGGGUUACCUUGUGAAAUCAACCCAAAGAACGGCUAUAAUAAAGCAAGUGGUGUAUCAGCAGGAAACUCAUUGAAUGCUGAUUACUACGGAACCGAUAAUGAGUUUGGUCCGAAACCAUUCACAAAUGUGUUGAAAUUUUUCCAAAUGCUAGAGAAAAACAAUACAAACCAAAUUUGCUACUAUCAAUCUGGAAUAGGUAGUUCUUUUAAAGCGGAAUCAAGCAAUAUCAAGGAAGAAAACUUUCUAAGCUCAAGAUAUGACAAGCUCAAUAGUAAAAUCGACGCGAUGGUAGCGUUUACAUUGAAAAAACAUGUCCUAGAUGCUUAUGAGUUUCUAGUCAAGUUUUUCAGUAAAAAUGACAAGAUAUAUAUUUUUGGCUUCAGUAGAGGGAGUUUUACUGCAAGAAUUGUGGCAGGUAUGAUCGAGCUCGUCGGCUUAGUCUACACAGGUUCCACAGAUGCAAUCUCUAUGGCAUGGGAUAUCUACAACAACUGGGAGCAGGCAGGACAGCCAUAUUCAGAGAACAUGACUUUUACCAUGGCACAAGAGUUUAAGCAAACUUUUAGUAGAAGUGACGUAGAGAUACAUUUCAUGGGAUUAUGGGAUACAAUCAACUCUGUUGGAUUCUUAUGGGAUCGCAUGUUCCCCUUCACUGUAAGGAGCUGUAAUGUGAACCACAUACGUCAUGCUGUCAGUAUCGAUGAAAGAAGAUCCAAGUACAAGCAACAACUUUUUGCACCCGAAAAAGAAACUUGUUUCGAGGACGAGGAUGCCGAAUGCAGCACUUGCAAUUCGCGCACGACUCAGACACUGUUGAUUUCAUUAAACUCCAUUGGCGAUAUAAUAAGACAUCUUAUUGGCAAAAAGCCGGAGUCAGCUCGUAAGCCCAGGCACCAUGAUGACUUGGUUGAGGUGUUUUUCCCCGGCGAUCAUGCCGAUAUAGGUGGCGGAAGGGAAAACUACUACGGCGAAUGGAAAAGGGUCUUUACUCCAAAUAUGGGGCAAUGCCGAGUUAUUCCUGAAAAUUGCGUGGUUCACUGGAGUUUAUUCUACAGAUUGCAUUACAUCAGAGAUUAUAACCCACCUAAUAUCCAUUCACUCUCAUUUUCAGAUUUGUUUCUACAGCUGAUGUUGGAGUUUAAGCAAUUCACAUUUAAUGAGCUACAAGAGUAUGCAAGUCAAUUAACAUUCCAUAAAAUCAAAGAUGACUGGAACUGUGAUAUUUGGAAGAAAAUACCCGAUGAGCUAUCCGAUGCUUUGAACGAUAAUCCUGAUUUGUAA